AUGGAUGAAGUGCUGCAGCAAACGGUGGUCUAUGGAGCCCUUACUGUGGUGCUGCUGAUGCCGCGGCUGCCGCAGCUGCUGCCGCAGCGGCAAGCAAAGCUGGUGGCCUAUAUUCUUUUGACGGCUGUGCUGAUGUAUUUGGCUUAUUUACCCAUCGCCGCCCCCCGGAAGAACUUUUAUGCGAUGUUAGAAGUGGAUGUUCAUGCAAAUAGAAACGACAUCCUACAGGGUUACCGAAAUGUAUCAAAGAAGUACCACCCGGACAGAGUAGCUUCUUCAGGUGUACGACCACCUUUUGCUGGGGAUAUGCCUCCUGAGGAGUAUUUUCAAGAACUAAAAAAAGCACAAGAGGUUUUAACGCAUGAUAUCCGCAAGAGCUUCUACGAUAGAUUCGGCGACCUCAAAGAAGGCAAGGUGGGGGAGCAAGACGAACGCAUAUCGAUAACUGCAGUUUGUCUGUCUCUCGCUGCGCAUCUUCUUUGUUUUACUGUUGGCUUCAUUUUGUCUUUUCCUAAACAUGUCUCCUUUGCCCGUCAGAUUUUCUUUAUUUAUAGCGUUGCGGUGUUUUGCAUUGAAAUCCAAGAACGAUUUGUAGAAGACGAUGACUCUUUAAACUUUUUGCCUUUUGUUUCUGGGCUUCUUCCUUUUUUAGGGCUUUGUUUCCCUUCGUUUUCGUCGCAAGUUUGUGCACUGCUGUCUGGCAGUUCGCUGACGUCUCUGCUCGGCACUGGGCUGUAUUAA